CCUCUCUCUCUGCCCCUCCCCCACUCGUGCUCUGUCUCUGUCUCUCUGUCUCUCUCAAAAAUAAAUAAACGUUAAAAAAAUAAUAAAAUUACAUGGGUGGCCGUCGUGUCCCCUGAGCAGAGAGUACUGGAGGCAAAGGCAGCCCCCCCGCCCCCCAAUUGCACAUAUGACCCAGAUGCCUCAGUCUUCAGCACGUGCUGACAGUCUGGAAGGUCUUUGUUCUGCAUGAACCUAAGAAGUUUCCUAAAUGCUCUGCUUCCUGCUAGUCCGCCAGCCCCUCGCGUCUUCACUUCCUUCCCUGUCCAGUUUAGAUGCCAGGCUUCUUCACCUCACCCUCGAACCUGGAGUAUCUUCUACUCCUUUGUUCCCCAUGGUACCCACCUUGCAUCCACGGAAAUGUCUCCCAGAUGCCUGAAAACUCAACAUGUCCAAAAUCCAAAGUUGCCUUCCUCCCCCAAACUGCCUUUUCUGCUGCCACUUCUCUCAGAGAGCGGGCUGCUGUGUGAACCCCUUUGCCAAAGCCAGAGACAUUCUUGACUCCUUGUGAUGGGGACAACGGAAGUGCUAUCUACUACGUAUUGUUUGCUAGAUAUCGGGCACCGUACCAGAUGCUUUACAUGUAUGUACUGAAUUUUCUCCUUGUGGUAUCUCUAUGAAAGAGGUAUUAUUUUUAUUGCCGUUUUACAGAUGAAGAAACUGAGGCACAGAGCGGUUGAGUGACUCACUGAAGGUCCAACAGCUAGAUGGCAGAGCUAGGUCUCAGCUUAGAACCUACCCUCCUAACACGCUUCCCAAAUCCGGUCAAUUCUCGGGUCCUCUGGAGCCUCGUUCCUAAAAACAUCUGCAGUCCUUGUCACCUUCCUUGUCCCCUCUGUCCCCACCCUAGUUCCCCCAGUCCCCCUUGCCUGAAACCCUGGAACACCACACCGUAAGCGGUCUCCGUCUGCGGUCCUGCUGGCCUCCAGUUCUCUCCUUUCACUCUGCAGCCAGAGCGCGACAUUUAAAAUGCAAAGUUGCCUGUAGCACUCGCCCGCCUAAAGCCCUCUGACAGCCUGCCAUACUGCAGAUUCCCUGUUCCGCUUCACAAUCUGCAGCCCCCCCACCUCUCCACUUUGUUUCUCGGGGCUGCUUUUGUGUCACGAGGUCCCUAUUCCAGCUCUGUCCUGCAGCCAUUCUGCUGCUUCCUGGCCUGCCCCGACCCCAGGCUCAUGCCGAUUUCUCUGCUUGGAAUGUAGGAAGGAGAGGAAGGCUUUGUGUCAGAACAGGGUUCUGUCCUAUAUGAACUGGGUGACCUUGGGCAAGCGCCCUCACCUCUUUGCUGGAGUUGCCCCUAAAAUAAUGAGGAUAAGAGGGGUGCUGGGAAGAUUCAAGGAGAUAAUGCCUAUCAGAGGCUUCAGAUCGUGGUGGGGGCUCGUUUUUGUGCUUCGUCUUUAGUCCUGGAACGACACUGGGGAUAGCUGUACCGGCCUGAUGGUCGGAUGCUUCGCUAAAAGAUUGGUUCUAUGUCCAGCAGCUGGGGGUCAUGCUGUACAGCUUCUUCCACCCACCCCAAAAACCUCUGUGCUUUCAUGAGUAAACUCUGCAUUUUAGGAUUUCUUCCCUGCUCCCUUUGAAGAAUAUUUCUUGCACUUUUUGGAUGCCGUGGUUCAGUAGAACGAGGAUAACCUUCAGGAAGAUACCUGAAGAAAUCUGUCAAGAGAUACAUAACAGUCGCUGGGUCCCAUCAGGCAAGAGGCUUAACCAUGGAAAACAGAGAUCCACCUGCGUUGCUUGAUCUUCCAGCGAAGAUACAGUUCAGAUGCCAGGGAAUAACCACGUGUAGCAUGAAUGCAGGAAAAAUCUCAUCUGAGAUAAACACCAAGAUCAAGCGGCAGGGAGGGAGGCCAGAACGGAUUUUCAGAUUUUCCACCGUCAGCUCUUGGAUAUUCCUGGCAAGGAAGACACGAUCAAACCUGGCCGCAGUUGGGUUUCUGGCCAUGUCCAGUGUCAUCACCAUGUCCGCUCCCUUCUUCCUGGGGAGGAUCAUCGAUGUCAUUUACACAAACCCCACCGUGGACUACGGCUAUACCCUGACCCGCCUCUGCCUGGCGCUCAGCGGCGUGUUCCUGUGCGGUGCUGCUGCAAACACUGUUCGCGUCUACCUCAUGCAGACUUCAGGUCAGCGCAUUGUGAAUAGGUUGAGGGCUUCGUUAUUCUCCUCUCUUCUGAGGCAGGAGGUUGCUUUCUUCGACAAGACUCGCACUGGAGAAUUGAUUAACCGCCUCUCCUCGGACACCGCACUCCUGGGGCGCUCAAUUACCGAAAACCUGUCGGAUGGGCUCAGGGCCGGGGCCCAGGCUUCCAUUGGCAUUGGCAUGAUGUUUUAUGUCUCACCUCAACUGGCCACUUUUGUUUUGAGUGUGGUGCCUCCAAUAUCCGUCCUUGCUGUGAUUUAUGGACGUUACCUACAGAAGCUAACCAAAGUUAUGCAGGAUUCCCUGGCACAGACCACUCAGCUAGCUGAGGAAAGUAUUGGAAAUAUAAGAACUGUUCGAGCUUUUGGGAAAGAAAUAACAGAAAUAGAGAAAUACACCAGCAAAGUGGACCACGUGAUGCAGUUAGCAAGGAAAGAGGCGUUUGCUCGGGCUGGCUUCUUUGGAGCAACGGGGCUCUCCGGGAACCUGAUUGUGCUUUCUGUCCUGUACAAAGGAGGGCUGCUGAUGGGCAGUGCCCACAUGACCGUGGGUGAACUCUCUUCCUUCCUAAUGUAUGCUUUCUGGGUUGGAUUAAGCAUUGGAGGGCUGAGCUCUUUCUACUCGGAGCUGAUGAAAGGGCUGGGUGCCGGGGGACGCCUUUGGGAGCUCCUCGAGAGAAAGCCUGAGCUGCCUUUUGACGAAGGGGUCGUUUUAAACCAGGAAAGUUUCCAGGGCACCCUGGAGUUUCGGAACGUGCAUUUCGCCUACCCCACUCGCCCGGAGGUGCCUAUAUUCCAGGAUUUCAGCCUUUGUAUCCCGUCAGCGUCGGUCACGGCGCUGGUUGGCCCAAGUGGUUCUGGCAAAUCAACGGUGCUGUCCCUCCUGCUGAGGUUGUAUGACCCCAUUUCUGGAACUAUCAGUCUCGAUGGCCAUGAUAUCCGUCAGCUGAAUCCAGUCUGGCUGAGAUCCAAGAUUGGGACAGUGAGUCAGGAACCAGUUUUGUUUUCUUGCUCAAUUGCUGAGAACAUUGCUUAUGGUGCGGACGACCCCUCCUCGGUGACUGCCGAGCAGAUAGAAAAAGUGGCUGAUGUAGCCAAUGCAGGUGCUUUCAUCCGGAAUUUCCCCCAAGGAUUCAACACUGUGGUCGGAGAAAAGGGCGUUCUCCUCUCAGGUGGACAGAAACAGCGGAUUGCAAUUGCUCGUGCUCUGCUUAAGAAUCCCAAAAUCCUUCUCCUAGACGAAGCAACCAGUGCCCUGGAUGCUGAAAAUGAGUACCUUGUGCAAGAAGCUCUAGACCGACUCAUGGAAGGUAGGACGGUGUUGAUUAUUGCCCACCGUCUGUCCACCAUUAAGAACGCUAAUACGGUGGCUGUUCUUGACCAAGGAAAGAUCACAGAACGUGGGAGGCACGAAGAACUUCUUUCAAAACCCAACGGGAUAUACAGAAGAUUAAUGAACAAGCAAAGUUGAGUCCGCAUAAAGAAGUAGUUACCGAUGAAGUGAACGCGAGAGACUUUAGAGCGAAACAUGGUCACGGGAAUAAACGAAUUUAGGAUGUGAAAUCUGGGCGUCACACUGCAAGUUAUCUUAAGUAUGCCUGUUUUUUCCCAGGGUGGGUAAAAUAUUGUUUUGAGAUGCACCUGUUCUCAAGACCUUUUUAUUCAGUUUUAAUCACGGUAACUUUCUAAAUGUCUCUAGCACUGAGAUUAUUUUCAGGUGUUUUACUUUCUUUUAUCUUGGAAUACUUUAGUUACUAUAACGUGGCACCUCAUUUGUGUUUUCUUACCUGCCAUUACAGAUUGAAACUAUUGUCACAUGACAAUUUUUAAAAGGGGAUUUUAAAUAAAAGGCUUAAUUAUUUUAGGUGAGUUUUCCAAUCACUGUGUAAUCCUCUCGGUAGUAUUCUACCUCCUUUGUGUCUAAUUUUACUAGGAGAUGAAAAUCUUCCCUUUUUUUAAUUCUGGUAAUCUCAUGAAGUGAACCUCACAUACAGACCUACAGAAAUCGUAAACAUCACAUGACAAGAUGGGAACGUUUACAUUCCAUACUUCCUGUAUUUUCAGAGGUAUGAGAGUUUAGGAGUAUGCGUUCCUCUGGGAUGAGACUGUUUGAAUGUGUGUGGCUUUCAAAAUCCUUAGCACGCGAAAGCCUGACGAGUUUUAAAAAGGGUUAAGAAGCCCAUCCUUUGAAUAAGAAAACUUCUAUUUUCAUUAUUCACGCAUUUGUUACUGUGGGAAGUGAGGCAUGAACUGCCAGGUAUCAUUAAGAGGUAAAAAUGAAUUCUACAUUGAAGUCACCCAAAGGCAUGUAUUUUGACAAUUAUCUUUAAAAAAUGUAUAAUUCCUCACCAAAUGUUACUUUUCAUCAGUUAAAUACAUUUGAAAUUUCACUCAGUGAGGCAAAAACCUAAAUAAUUUUCAACCUUAAAACAUUUGAAGAAAGCUUAGUUCUUUCUAUUCUGUACAACGUCAUGAAACGUUAAGAACUUGUCACUCUUCUAAAAAGAGGACAAUAGUCAUUUUUAUUUAUGGUUAUGGUUUUAUGCACCCAAAUGCCUCGGAACUCAUAAAGCAAUGCUGAGAGCCGUUAGAUUUGCCAUAUUUCAAACCAGUGCUGUUAAUUUGCUGUUGCCUCAAGAAAAAGUGGUUUUUUUUUUUUUUUACAUUGACGAUGCCAGAAUCUAAGAAAUAACUAUGUCGAUGUAAUGAAAAUAGAGGUUUUCCCUUGUUCUACAUAUUUAUUAGUUCACUGAUUAUACUGGAAGGAGAGAUCACUAUUUCAUGAUAAGCACAGAGUAUUAGAUUUCAUUCUACAUAAAGGAGUUUAUUAUUGAAUAAAGUGAACUCAGUGAAUGAACGAACUCCAUGUUCUUUGAAUUAGGAAGCAGUACAUCUGUGACAAUCAUUUUCACAACCUUUACUUGCAUUCUUUAUACGAUUUGCUGUUAUGGUGUGGUUCUCAGAAAGCAGACAAAACACGACGACAAGGGUGGAUCUCUUUGUGCCAUAGAAGUAUUGACAACAUUGAAUUUGAUCAUUACAUUUUAUUCUCUAAUACAAAAAUGUUCAAUUGUGUCUUUAGGGAACAUUUUAUAUCCUGGAUUAAAAUUUAUAGUGAACUUUA